AUGCGAGUCCCCGCGCGGCCCGGGCCCGGCGCGACGGGUACUGGCCGUUCUCGCCUCUGGGGCGUGCGUGUCCCUUUGAGACUCUGAUGCAACCACAGACGCCGCCUUCGCCUUCUUAGACUAACGUCAGAUCGUGGAUGGGGCCCGCUGCCUGCUGGAAACCAGCGUGGCGCAGUGGUUUGGGGAUUGUCAUCAGCUCAGAGGGGUAGACCGUCCAGGAGCUGAGCUCCACCACCUUCCCACGUGUGACUGGGGCCAAAUUACUUACAUCUCCAAGCUUCAAUCUUCUGGUCUGUAGAGGGGGGACGUACUUACUUCAUCUACUUCCAGCGGUGGUUGUGAGCUUUCAAUGCCCAGCUUUCUGCAAACACUAAAGCACACAAACAGCAGAGAGCUGGGCACGGUUCUUAACCCUGAUUACAAGUAAAGAAGCCUGAGGCUCAGGGAAGGGAUAUGAAAAUACCUACCUUGUGGAUGUGCUGCAAGGAAUAAAAGGAAUAUAUGGAGUAUUCCCAAUCUUGAGCUUGACCCAGCAGUGGGUAUGCAGAAAAAACAAUGCCAGGACCUUCCACUGUGUUUUGGAUGACAUGGUAGCGCAGCUUCGGGCGUCCUCAACAUCUUGGUCCUCGCCGCUGUCCCGUCCACCACCACGUUGGAAACAUUCUGCUUUUUGUCAGAUCUAGCUCAUAAUAGUGAAGGAAGAUUUUAUACCUGCAAGUGAUGUCAGUAAAUCUGCUCAACUGGAUCUAGGUCAGUUGCAGUAGGUUGCAAUAUGAUGAGAGCACGCGUCUGGUUGCCAUGGUCAGCGCUGCAGUGCUGGGACCAGCCCCUUCCUCCAGACACCUCACCUGCCACACAGACAGGCGACCUGCCCUGCGAGCUGAGGUCAAAGAUGCCUCUCUUCGGGAAUACAUUCAGUCCAAAGAAGACGCCGCCUCGGAAGUCCGCUUCUCUCUCCAACCUGCAUAAUUUGGAUCGGUCCACGCGAGAGGUGGAGCUGGGCCUUGACUAUGGAACCCCCACUAUGAACCUGGCGGGGCAAAGCCUGAAGUUUGAAAACGGCCAGUGGAUAGCAGAGACUGGGGUCAGUGCCGGUGUGGACGCCAGGGAGGCACAGCGCCUCCGCCGGCGCAACCAGCAGCUGGAGGAAGAGAACAACCUCCUGCGCCUGAAAGUGGACCUCCUGCUGGACAUGCUCUCUGAGACCACUGCCGAAUCCCACCUCAUGGAGAAGGAACUGGAUGAGCUGAAAAGCGUCAGCCGCAGAAGGAAAUGAAGACCCCAAGACGUCUGUUAGAAUAGGGGACCCCCUGAUCGGAAGAGGAGCAGGAAAUGAUCAAGGGGCUUUUUGGGUCCUGGGAUAGAGCCACGCAGGCGCCCUGGGUGGGCAGCAGCAGAUGACAACGUUAUGGAGGAAACCUGGGGACCAGGCCUGGACAUGGGGAGGAAAGUGCCCGGGCUGCUGGCUGGGGAGUAGGGGGUGCUGCAGGACAGGCCUCCUGGGGAGCUCUCACCCCCAUCAGAGGACCCGGGUGGGAGAAGCAGCUGGAGUUCAUCAGCUCAGCCCUCAUGCUGGUGUUUGGGGGUGGCCUCUGGUUUCCAGAACCCUGGAUUGGGGGAUUGCAGAUAAAGGCCCUCCUGGUUCCCCGCCCUCAGGCCACUCCCGCCCUCCCCCACCCAAUACUGGUCCUCCAGGCCCUCCUGCUUCCACCCCUCUGGCUUCCACCUCCCGGCCACAAGCGCCUGCCCGCCGUGGCAACGCUAUUUUUGUGCUCCUUUCCUACUUACACUUUUUUUUUUAUUAAAUGGUGUUAUAUAAUCUCCCUGU